CAACCGCCUUGGUCAGGCGAACUCAUCUCAUCAAUGAGCUAACGCGCCAACACCACACACGCACACAUUCUUUCACCACGCUCGCAUCUCCAGCGCCCGGCGAGCUCUCGCGGUCAAUCACAAUCGACUUAAAGCAGACGACACACAAGUGACCAAGAUGGCCGACGCCGGUGCUGAAGAGACCAGCCACGUCGCCGAGCCCCUCGAUCUCGUGCGGUUGCUGCUCAACGAGGUCGUUUUCGUCAAGCUCCGAGGCGACAGGGAACUUAAGGGCAAGCUUCACGCGUACGACAGCCACUGCAACCUGGUGCUCGGCGAGGUUGAAGAGACCAUCUACGCCGUAGAGGACGAGGACGAUGAUGAGGAUGUCAAGACGAUUAGCCGCAAGUCAGAGAUGCUGUUUGUAAGAGGAGACAGCGUCGUCCUGAUUUCGCCGCAGGUGCCUUUUUGAGGACGGCACUGGAACACAAUAUGAGCGCUGUGCUACCUUGAUGCUAUCUUAGGGCUGUGGUGUUGUCCCAGUCGAGCCUCGACUCGUGUUAGGGAUGCCUUGUAGGAACUGAGUACGGGGCGAAAGCCUCGGCAACUAUUGAUCAGAACAUCCGCUCGCGGCAAAGCCCUGCUACGAGUUGCGAGCACGAGUCGAAGUCUGCGAGUGAAGACUGGGGGAGAUGAGAUACGCAGCUUUGAAACGGGACAGCAGACUCACGUUGAGUUCAGGGAGCUUGACGUGAGUGAGAGCAGUUGGUGCGCAUGGUAUUGCUGCCAACGAGAAGACCACGAGCAUAUGGAUCAAUAGCAACUGCCCCCACGGGUGUUUCUGGCGCCAUCAUACUAUACGUUGAAUCUGAAUGUUGAAAUGCAGCGUGGCCCGUCGUAUGUACUAAUUCGCGGCAUCGCCCCCGUUGGUGCAAGUAUGCAGGUAGCCGAUGAAGAUGGCCACAGCGGCACA